GCCUUGCUGUACCACUGCCUUACACUGACUGGAGCUGUGGAGUUUGUGUGGAUUGAUUUUACCCAGUUUGUGAGUGGGAUAAUCCAUUACCUCCCCUCCCUCGGGGUGAUGAUCGUUUGUCCCUCAAUGCGUUCUCUGGCCUCCUCUUACAGCCAAUGAGCGGGCGCCUUUUCCAGGAGGGGGUGUUCCCAGAAGUGACGCGUGCGCUCAGCUGCCGGAGGGGUUCUCAGUGCUGCGGAUUGUGCAUCAUAUGGGCAACAACGGGUCGUACUUAUUGCAUAGGCUGCAGCCAGACCCCGCCUCACGGUUACCCUGCUCCGGCAAAGCCCUGCUGCGGGGAUGGCGGCGGAGAUCCACCCCAAGCCCCUGACUCGCAAGCCCGUCCUGCUGAACAAGGUGGAGGGCUCGCAGGACGUGGUGAACAUGGCAGUGAUCGUGCCCAAGGAGGACGGGCUCAUCAGUGUCUCCGAGGACAGAACAGUGCGAGUUUGGAUGAAGAGGGACAGUGGGCAGUUCUGGCCGAGUAUUUACCAUGCAAUGCCAGCUCCAUGUUGUUGCAUGUGUUUUAACCCUGAAACCAGAAGGCUGACUGUGGGUUUAGACAAUGGCACAAUCUCCGAAUUUAUUUUGUCAGAGGAUUAUAACAAAAUGAACCCAGGAAAAACCUAUCUUGCGCACCAGAGCAGAGUAACAAUGGUUCUCUUUGUGCUGGAGAUGGAAUGGUUACUGAGCACCGGUCAAGACAAACUCUUCACGUGGCACUGCUCCGAGACUGGGGAGCGUCUGGGGAACUAUCGCACCGCAGCCUGUGCCUCCUGCCUACAAUUUGAUGUGGAGACAAAGCAUGCGUUUGUUGGGGAUCAAUCUGGACAGGUUACCAUCCUUAAACUUGAACAAGAUAACUGUAGCCUUAUCACAACCUUCAAGGGACAUACAGCUGGAGUUACAGCGCUGUGCUGGGAUCCCGUGCAGAGGCUGCUGUUUUCUGGCAGUUCCGACCAUUCCAUUAUCAUAUGGGACAUUGGGGGGCGCAAAGGAACCGCACUAGAACUUCAGGGCCACAACGAUAAAGUCCAGUCCAUCAGUUACGCACAUCACACAAGGCAGCUCAUUUCAUGCAGCGCAGAUGGCAGCAUCGUCGUCUGGAAUAUGGAUGUGGAACGGCAGGAGACACCAGAGUGGUUGGACAGUGAUUCCUGCCAAAAAUGUGACCAACCUUUCUUCUGGAACUUCAAGCAGAUGUGGGACCACAAAAAGAUUGGACUCAGACAGCAUCAUUGCAGGAAAUGCGGGAAAGCAGUCUGUGGCAAAUGUAGUUCCAAAAGGUCCACAAUUCCACUCAUGGGUUUUGAGUUUGAAGUGCGAGUCUGUGACAGCUGCCAUGAGAGCAUCACUGAUGAACAGCGUGCACCGACAGCAACUUUCCAUGACAGUAAGCACAACAUCAUCCAUGUACACUUUGAUGCAACUAGAGUAUGGCUAUUAACCUCAGGAAGUGACAAGGUCAUUAAGCUGUGGGAUAUGACACCAGUGGUAUCUUGACAACACCCAUCCUUCAUUGUUGGAAACAAGAUACAAAGAAGGGAAUAUGUUCCAGCUCUAGAGAAGUAGAGCAAGAUCACCCAGGACUUUAUUGCCUUUCAGUAUGAAUCCUAUGGAGAGGAGAAGUCAUUUGGUUCCUGUCUUUUAACUUCUAUAUUGGACACAGUUUGAAAACCUCAGUGACGUUGAGGUUUUAACAAUAGUGAGCCUGCAGCUUGCACCAUACUACAGCAUUUUCCAUCCUUUUGGGUGAAAUGAUUUGCUUGCUGUUUAGAGUACUAAAGCAAUCCGUUUGCAAUGCCUAACCAUUUUUAGAGAUUUGGUUUACUUGAGGCUCUCCUCAUUUCUCAAGUUUUGGAUUUUGUCUUCAUCCUUUUUUGUUUCGUGCGUUGGCUCUCUGCAAGGAAAGCCGUGUUGCUAGCAUUGCAAGCAUUGGAAUUCCUUAUGUUGAGUCCUAACCCAAUGCAAAGACGUCCAUAACUCUGCUCUA